AUGUUGUUCUACAUGGUUCUAGUAUAUUUCUUUGGUGUUACUGUUACUUAUCCUGUCUAUUUCGUGUUGAAAGUGUUGCUGCAGGAAAAUGAACCUUCUGUGACAGUUAGUGCAGCCCUGAUAGCAAUGACAUUGCUAACAAUACAAUGUCUAAGAAGAUUAUACGAGACGUAUUACUUGCAAGUAUUUGCCAAAUCCAGCAAAAUGAACCUUAGCCAUUAUCUGGCUGGGAUUAUUCACUACUUUGCUUGCAUCGUCACUGUUGUUGGACAAGCGCCCUUAUUCUGUGGACUCCAAUUCAGGGAAGUUAUGCCAUGGAACAAUACAUACACUACAAUCAUAGCAGUACCAUGCACUGUCAUAUUCCUCGUCACCUGGUAUGAACAAUUCAGGAGCAACAUUAUAUUUGCCAACUUACGCAAAGACAAGAAAUCUGGCAAAGUGGUGACAGAGGAGCACAGAAUUCCCCAUGGAAGAAUGUUUGAGUACGUGUCGAGCCCACACAGAAUGUGUGAGAUUAUUUUGUACACAAUUUUGUUGCUAUUGGUCCCGACAAGAACCUUCUUCUGUAUUUACCUUUGGGUGUUGGGUAAUCAGAUCCAAACAGCUAUACAGGCCCACGAGUGGUACAAAAAGACUUUUGAUAACUACCCUACGAACAGAUACGCGGUGUUCCCACGUGUUUUAUAA